UUCAAAUUAUUUAUGAAAAGGCUGCCCAUGAAUUAUUUCCUGAACACAUCUACUGUAAUGCAUUUGUGGACAAUGGAUUCUAAUUUUCAACGUCGCUAUGAGCAACUAGAAAACAGCAUGAAGCAACUUUUCCUCAAGGCACAGAAAACUGUUCACAAGCUCUUUGGCCUUAGUAAGAGAUGCCAUAAACAGCCACUCAUCCGCAUGCCAAGGCAGAGAUCUUCCAACUACUGGCUCAACCGCAUCCAGUCCUUUCUCUACUGCAAUGAAAAUGGCCUUCUGGGAAGCUUUUCUGAAGAGACUCACACAUGCACCUGCCCUAAUGACCAAGUUGCUUGCCAUGGGUUCCUUCCCUGCACAGUUGGAGAUGGCUCUGCAUGUUUGAGCUGUGCUCCUGACAAUCGCACCCGCUGUGGGAGCUGCAAUGCUGGCUACAUGCUGAGCCAAGGGCUUUGCAAGCCUGAAGUGGCAGAAUCGACAGAGCACUACAUUGGGUUUGAGACUGACCUUCAGGACCUGGAAAUGAAGUAUUUAUUACAGAAGACAGACAGGAGAAUUGAGGUCCAUGCCAUUUUCAUCAGCAAUGACAUGCGCCUCAACAGCUGGUUUGAUCCUUCUUGGCGCAAGCGGAUGCUCCUUACUCUUAAGAGUAACAAGUACAAGUCUAGCCUGGUUCAUAUGAUACUGGGCCUUUCUCUUCAAAUUUGCCUAACUAAAAACAGCACCUUAGAGCCCGUUCUUGCUGUUUAUGUCAACCCUUUUGGGGGCAGCCACUCUGAGAGCUGGUUUAUGCCUGUGAAUGAAAAUAAUUUCCCAGACUGGGAGCGGACUAAACUGGAUUUACCACUUCAGUGUUAUAACUGGACACUGACUCUGGGCAACAAGUGGAAGACUUUUUUUGAAACUGUACACAUCUAUUUGAGAAGUCGAAUAAAGUCAAAUGGUCCAAAUGGCAAUGAGAGCAUCUACUAUGAACCCCUGGAAUUCAUUGAUCCCUCAAGAAAUCUGGGCUACAUGAAAAUCAAUAACAUCCAAGUGUUUGGCUACAGCAUGCACUUCGACCCAGAAGCAAUUCGAGACUUGAUUUUGCAGCUGGACUACCCCUAUACUCAGGGAUCACAGGACUCAGCACUUUUGCAGUUGUUAGAGAUACGGGAUCGUGUAAAUAAACUCUCUCCACCUGGUCAGCGUCGUUUAGACCUCUUCUCUUGCCUGCUCCGUCAUAGACUCAAACUGUCUACCAGUGAAGUGGUGAGAAUUCAAUCUGCUUUGCAGGCCUUUAAUGCCAAAUUGCCAAACACAGUGGAUUACGACACAACCAAAUUAUGUAGUUAACCAUACAUGUGAAGCACAACACAAAACCUUGAAAGAGUUUUUACAGUGCUUUUGUGGAACAGUUUAUGUUUGGAAAAGUAAAUUUAAAUUGUCUUUUCAAUAUCUGUCUUAUAUCAGUCAAUACUGUUGGAUGGCAAUUUACACACAUGAACUUGCUGACAAUGAAUAUGUUAUACCUGCAGUCUUGGUUUAUGAAUGAAAUAAAUACUGACACCAGUCUAGAAGACAUUCUACUUUUUACAAUAAAUUUCAUUUGUAAUUUUAUAUGUUCCGUGGCAAUGCUUUUGUGCAUUACAUUCUCUAGAGGGAACAUAGAAGGAUACCAAUAAAAUUUUGUAGCUGAACAGUUA